AUGGCCUGGGCUGGGGACGGAGCUGGGGGACACCUCACGGUCCUGGCUCGGGUCCCCGCAGCCAUCCUGGAGUCCGGGAGCAGCGAGGAGGAGGAGGAUGAAGAUGAAGAGGCAGCUCCUGGACAGCACCUGCCCCUGGAUCCGGUGCCAGGUGAUGCCGAAGCUCGGCUGGCCCAGCUGGAGCAAGUGUCACAGGCGCUGCUGGCCGAGCUGGCGGCACUGGACGCCGAGGUGGAGCUGGAGCAGCGGUGCCAGCAGCGAGCCCAGGUGGGCACAGGGACAGGGACAGGUCCCCAGAAGUGUCCCUUCAUGGGGACAAAGGAUCUCUCGCAGCUCCCGGAGCAUCAUCGGGAUCUCCAGGAGCAGCUGCAGCUCCUGCGCACCCAGCUGCAGCUGGAGCGGGAGGAGCAGCAGCGCCUGCGGGCGGCCCUGGGUGCCAGCCAGAGAGCCCUGAGGUCCUUCAAGAGAGUGUCCCAGAUUGUCACCCAGGAUUACUGCCAGGCCCUGGAGCAGCUGGAGCUGGAGCAGGACCUGCGCUGCCACGCCGAGGCCUUCGCCCACCAGAUGCUGGUGCAGCAAAGGGAGGCGAAACGCCAGAGCUCCAUCCUGCUGAGGAGCGCCGGGCCCGAUUCCCAAAUCCUGGAAGCGUUCCAGGAAUUGGGAAAACUCAGCCGGGAGCUGGAGGAGACGCGGCGGGAGGGGCAGCAGCGGGAGAAGGAGCUGGAGGAGCAGCUGGAGAAGGAGCGGGAGGAGCUGGAUCGGGCCCGGGCAGCGCUGGAGGAGGCGCGGGAGGAGAAGCGGGAGCUGAAGGAGAGGCUGGAAGGGCUGGAAAAGGAAGUGGGAUCCCUCCGGGAGCAGCUGGCGUCACCUCAGAGCCGCCCCGAGGUGCCACCACCGCCACCGCUGCCACCGCCCGCUGCCACCGCUGUCCCCACCGACCCCCUGGCCGCCCUCAGGCAGAGGAAGGCGCCGAAAAGCCGGGAGAGAAGUGACCCCGGGACCGAGGACAUCCGAGCCAGGGCCGUGCAGGAGAUGCUGGAGCGCAUCCGCAGCGGGAUCGUCCUGAGGCCAGCCCGGGAACGGCCACACCUGCGCCAGGAUUCCAUGGCCAGCAAGAGGCGGAGCGCGGUGCUGGAGCUGCAGGGGAUCCUGGGUGCCACGCUCAGGCCGAGCCGGAGGCGCAGCGGGAAGAGCCAGGACCCGCAGCUGGGAUCGAUCCUGGAGCGGCGGCGCCGAGCCCUGGACGAUCAGAAAAAAAAAUCUGGGAAUAUCCUGGAAAACUGA